CGCAGUGUCCCCGAACGAAGAUGGCGGCGCGGUGCUCCUCACGCUGGCUGCUGGUGGCUGUGGGGACCCCCCGGCUGCCCGCUGUACCCGGGAAAGGGACCCGGCGGCUCAGGGAGGGUGUGGUAGGGGCGUCGCUGGGCGGCAAAUUGAGCGUCACCACCUUCGCGCCUCCUUUGGGAGCUCGAGGCCCGGGGGCGCUGCUGACAUUGAGACCCGGUGUCAGCCUCACAGGAGUAAAAAGUUACCCUUUUGUUUGUACUGCUUCCUUCCACACAAGGGGCCCUUUGGCCAAAGAGGAUUAUUACCAGAUAUUAGGAGUACCCCGAAAUGCCAGCCAGAAAGAGAUCAAGAAAGCCUAUUACCAGCUUGCCAAGAAAUAUCACCCAGACACAAAUAAGGAUGAUCCCAAAGCCAAGGAGAAGUUCUCCCAGCUGGCGGAAGCCUACGAGGUGCUGAGUGACGAAGUGAAGAGAAAGCAAUAUGACGCUUAUGGCUCAGCAGGUUUUGACCCUGGGGCUGGCAGCUCUGGGCACAGCUACUGGCGGGGAGGCCCCACCGUCGACCCUGAGGAACUGUUCAGGAAGAUAUUUGGGGAGUUCUCAUCAUCAUCAUUUGGAGAUUUCCAGAGUGUAUUUGAUUCACCUCAGGAGUACAUCAUGGACUUGACAUUCAGUCAGGCUGCCAAGGGAGUCAACAAGGAGUUCACUGUGAACAUCACUGACACCUGCGAGCGGUGCGACGGCAAAGGGAAUGAGCCUGGCACCAAGGCGCAGCACUGCCACUACUGUGGUGGCUCUGGGAUGGAAACCAUAAACACGGGCCCAUUUGUGAUGCGUUCCACCUGUCGGAGGUGUGGUGGCCGAGGCUCCAUUAUCACGUCCCCAUGUGUGGUCUGCAGAGGAACAGGACAGGCCAAGCAGAAGAAGAGAGUGGUGAUCCCAGUGCCUGCCGGAGUGGAGGAUGGCCAGACUGUGAGGAUGCCCGUAGGCAAGAGAGAGAUCUUCGUCACCUUCAGGGUGCAGAAAAGCCCCAUGUUCAGGAGGGACGGCGCAGACAUCCACUCCGACCUCUUCAUUUCUGUAGCUCAAGCCAUUCUUGGUGGGACAGCCAGAGCCCAGGGCCUGUAUGAGACCAUCAAUGUGACAAUCCCCCCCGGAACUCAGACAGACCAGAAGAUUCGGAUGAGUGGGAAAGGCAUCCCCCGGAUUAACAGCUACGGCUACGGCGAUCACUACAUCCACAUCAAGAUCAGAAUUCCAAAGAGACUGACAAGCCGGCAGCAGAGCCUGAUCCUGAGCUAUGCUGAGGAUGAGACGGAUGUGGAAGGGACGGUGAAUGGUGUCACCAACACGAGCACUGGUGGCAGCACCAUGGAUAGCUCUUCAGGAGGCGAGGCUAGGCGCAAGGCUGGGGAGGACAAGGAGGGAUUCCUUUCCAAACUUAAGAAACUGUUUACCUCCUGAUAACCCAGCCGAGGAAAACGGUCCACUGGAAACUAGUCUGGAAGCAGCACCCACUCCUCAUGGCCUUGACAGCAGGAGGCUCAGCACAGAGCUCAAGCCCCUGCCUGCAGAGGCCCCAACCACCUCAGCAACAACAAGACUGUGACAGCACCUCUCCCUGGAAAGGGGCUACAUGGAUGGUCCCUGGGCAGUAAGAUGUAGAACCUGUAAGGUUUUCUGUCCAUGGUUGGUGGCUCAGCUUCUCACUCAGCGCAAAGUAAGACAGAUGGACAGAUGGUAGAGCUACAACCCUGGGAGUGAUGUGGUGGAGUUCUUAGCUAAAGAAUUAAAGGCCAUGUUCACAGCUUAAAGAUGAAUCCUGAGCUACACCGAAUUGUGGGUUGAUUGAUUUUUCCCUUGCAGACUUUUGGGAAGUGCCCUGAAUGAGUCUACCCUAACAGGUUGCCUUACCCGGAACCUACCUUGCAUGCCCCGAGCCUCGCACCUCCCCCCAGCCCCCCGCCGCCCACAGGUUCUGCCGGGCAUCACUCUCUCUUCUUCGAGUUUCUUUUUAAUUUCCAAAGGUACCAAGCAGCUUGAAAGUGGGGGCUCUAGGGGCCUGGGGAGGCACACAGGAAAGCCCAGAGAGGGUCCUGGAGAUCUAUGUUCCCACCCAUGUGGGUGGCGGUCUGUCAGGACACACAUCUUUCCUCCCCACCUGCCCAGGAUGUCCUCCUGUGCUGAUAGUCGACUUCUGUUGCUUUAGGACAGGAGUGCGUAGGAGCCCUGGCCCUCUGCUCAGCCAGUCUGCUGCCCGAAGCAUAGUCCUGGGGCCAAGUUCAGCAGCCUCGUUAACACUGAGCCACCUCUGCCAGCUGGGGUCUUGUUCUCACCACUUACACUGUUGACAUUUACUUUCAGGAGUGUCUUUAAAUAUUCAGUGCAGACAGUCACUGUCUUUUCCCGUAAAAAUGUUCAUUCAAAAGAAAAAAGCAGUCUAGGCAGGCCAAGGCUCCCACGACGGCUUUGUUGGAUGUUGCAGCUUCCACGUGUCUCAGAUCUUCAAACUACAGACAGGUUAAUGAAGAACAUUUCUCAAUAGUUUCCCUUUCCUUCCUCUUUAAUUUACUAAAAGCAUCUACUCAUGUCCGAUUUAAGAAUGUAAAAUGAAUCUAUAUCAAUGUAAAUAAGAUUAUCUACUGCAAAAAGAUAUUUAAAACCUAAGUUGUGGCCAUUUCUUCCUUGCAAGAGUCCAGACACCUUCUGUAGGUGACUUAGCCUGGUGACUGAUAUUCACUUGCGAUUGGGCCACCUCACCUCUGACACUGGGGUCAUCUCUGCUUUCCUUUCGUGGGAGGCCAGAGAGGGAACGAAUCCGCCUCAUCACUCAGCGUACCCCGCCGAGCCCACACACUAAUGGAGCUGUGAGGCCUACAGUGCUCACCCUGCUUAUAGCGUUCUCUCUGGAGCCUGUGUUGAGAGGUGCAAACUCCUUGUUAGGGCCCUACAUGCUGCUUUCUCCCUCACUAGAUUUUUUUCCUCCAUUACUUAUAGAGUGUUCACAUUCUUUUAUGUUGAAAUGUUGGCUCCUUGUAGUUUAAUAGUCUGGGCUCCAGCAGAAACUGUUCCUCAUAGAAGUCCCAGUGCCUGGCUCAGUUAGGGUGAGCCCUGAGCACACAGCUCAGACCCUGCCAGGUGCCUGGGCCCAGCAGGUUGGGAGGCGGGAGCAUUGGCUGGGUUGAGUGGAGAAGAGAUCGACAAAGAGUUGAUAGGCAAGAAAGAGGCUCAACAGUCACAUCCUGCUGCUUUCAGAUACUUCCACUCAGCAGUGUGGAGCUAGACUGUCCUUCUCAGAUGAAAGCUUAGGUUUUAUAACUGGAGAAGUCAACCUAAUCUCAUUCAUGUCCUACUUUUUGAAAGGAGAAGUCUAGAGAAAGGUGAAUUUUCUUGCUGGUGAGACUCCAUUAUUGUGUACUGGAGUGCCUUUCCCCAUGUGGCAAGAAGGUGGCAACGCAGUUUCGGUGGAAUGAACAGAUCCAAGCCUUGAGGUGGCUGGCCCUGGGGGGCUGGGGCAGUUGGCACCAGUCUUCUUGGACACCUGUGAGUUGGGGCUGGGGUGUGACAUGAGGUAUUGAAAACUAUAAAAAGUAUCUCCAGUUCCCCGAGCCUUUGGGGAUUGAGAGUAGGGAGAGGGAGGUGGUAUUGAGCAUUUGCUGAAGUAUCAGGGAGGUGCAGUCACCAUGCAUACAUGACCACUCAGGAACUGGACAUGAGCCUGAGAACAGGAGGCUCACGGCUUGGGCAGGACUGACUCAGGCCCCAACAGGCAGCUCACAUGUGUGACACCUCAAGGACCUUGUCACAAUGAGUUACAGCACCAGAGGUGGCACAUGUCCCACCCACAGGCUUGGGGACACAAGGACAUGCAGGACAUAGCUGCCCUCUUGUCCUGACCCAAGUGCACCUAGAAACCCCCCUGGCCUGAGCCUCUUCCUUCCUGUCCCCUCAGCUCUCAGCCUAAGUGCUACCCCUCAGAGGCUCUUUUUGUGCACACCAUAAAAUAGGUGCCACCCACAGGGUUGGUCCUCACCUGACUCUUUUUCUUUGCAGUCCUCCUGUCAAUUUGUAAUUAUUUAUCUGACUUUACCCCUAAACUAAGCUAAAUAUUUUGUUAAUAGUUACUUAGAGCCCAGCAUACAGUAAGUACUUGAAGAAAUACUGGUUUCAUAAUCAAUGUAUUAGUCAAUAGAUCAAGUGAAUUCUAUAGGGCUGCCUCCCCUUUGCAUGGCUGUGCAGGUUCUGAGGCUAGGGAUGGGUUAAGAAGACAGCCAUGGUGGCUGUCACAUUAAUCUCCCAGCUGCACACCCAAAGGAAAAGUCUGCCACAGAGUCUUGGCCAAUGGCAUCGCCAGCCUGGGCCCCCAUUCCCCAUCUCCAAAAUGACCAGGAGUUGAACCCCUCAGAUGUUCCACCACCUGUGCCACAUUGCAAAUGGGAGGGGCUGCUAUUCCCUGUCACACCCCAGCCCUUGCCACAGGUGGCACCGCCUUUCUUUAGCAAGGUCCCGUUAUAGUGAGGUGGGGUCCCAGCUCUGCCUCAUGCCUUCAUUUUUCUUCCCAUCCAUCUUGAAAGUCACGUACGACCUGCUGCACUUGGGCUCCACAUUACAGGAGGGUGACGAGAGGGAGGUCAGCCUCCUGAAGUCUGUCCCCAACUAAUAGACUGGGUGUGUGCAGCCUCCCCAGGUAUCCAGAGACAUGGGUGCUGGGUGUCAGAGGCAUUGCCUCGGUGGCUGGCCUGGGGCUCCAGUGCUUUCAGGGCACAUCCAGCACCCAGUCUAUGGGUGAAUUUCCAGUAGAGUGGAAAUGGAUCCUCUGGGCCACGGUCAGAGUCAUGGUCAUAUCUGUAUGAUUAAACUUACCCCAGAGUAUUUAGGAUGCCCGUCAUCACAGACCACCUGCCCAGCCCCCUUAUUGCCAGGAAGGGAGAUGACCAAACCUACAACUUGAUCUUCUUGUUAAUGCCAUCAGCAUCCCAGCAGUUGCCACUCUAGCCCAAGUCCCAGAAACAAAGCCUCUUUCUUUUGGAAACUAUCUGCAAGAACA